GUGCUAUCUGUAGUAGUACAGUGUGUCCACGGCUCGGCUCGGCGGCGAGUACACGCGCGGCGACCCUGGCGACCCGGCCACCGCCCGCACAUGCGCACUCCGCGCUACCCACAACACAAAUCACAAAAUGACGACGCCGGACACCGCUACGUAUUAACUCGCUAAAAAUAUUCAAGAAAAACCCACAAAAGUGAAAAUUAUUAAACUAUUUACUACAAUCCCCGUACUUUGUUUAACAAUAUCGUUCAGUACGCGAAUAGACACACACGCACGCGCGGUUCCAUGUCAAAACAAACCAGUGCUUUUGCGAUGUAAACAUGAGCGAACGUAAGAUCGUGCUUUUUAUUCUAUCCGUGAUUGUAUACAGUAUUUACAGUGUUCAAAUGUGGUUUUUGAAACGAAAUGUGGAAGCUAACGUUGUACAGCAGAAUAUUUCUGAAGCUGCAAUCACGGUCGAAGAAAAUCAAUCAGGUCCAGAAAUUGUACCGCAAGCAUUAAAAGCCAUCGUAAAACCAAAAGUCAUUCCACUGUUUAUAAAAGAUGCAUGCAGCAUCUUAGAAGUGUUUACUGAAAAACCAACUUUGACGGAGCGCAAACAUAAACAUCGUUUGCGUAUCGAAGAUAAUAAUACGCUGACCGUGAUUGGAAUCACUGUGUUCCUGUUGAUCUUAUUGCUCAAUGCAAUACUCGACGUAUUAAAAGUGAAAGAAGAAGAACGAGCAAGAAGGAAACUGAACCCAGAUGGAGAAAGGAGACAAUCGUUAGCAGAAUUUGCUAACAAAAAACCCUUGCGUAGGGAAUCAAGCAAGUUUGGACUGCAGCUAUUUCAGAUAGCUGAAACAUACCCAAAUUCCGAGGAAGAGAAAAAGGAUAAUACACGUCAAACUAGACCUUAUAGGAGAGGAGAUUCUACCAACUCAUACCUGAGUGAAACGCAAAAGAAGUCUCAAGAAGGAUCGGCUCCAGCGUCAAUCGCCGAGACCCCGGCUGGAGAUGCGAGACUUGUGAAAAGGCAAUCCGUAGCCAGACUCUUUGGAGGUCGUCCGACAACGAUGGUGCGCCGCUCUUCAUACCCAGCUCUGCCUCUCAAUCCUGAGAUCCAAGCGUUGAUGUUGGGGCACCGGCAGACAUCAGUUGACAGCGACGAUGAGAGCGACCCUAGAGGGCGCCGCGUUCGCCUCAUUCGUAGGUUUUAAAUAACUCACUAUUCGCCGCGACUGAUGCAUUUACUCAUGUCAUGGUUAUCACUUGUAUAAGUAGGUAUAAUUGCAAUUACACUCUUACUGCCGCACUUAGAGACAUUUAAAGAUUACUUAAACUAUUCCUUAGUACC